AUGUGCUGCAUGAAGGAGGCAUCGAAUGCGCGACGGACGCGGACUUGUCAACGGUUGUGCGAAGUCGGUAGCGGAUAUCGACUUCGAUUAAGGUGGGAGACCACAAGCACGGGUCUCAUCUGUAUGGAAUUUAGCGUGCAGGUAUACCUUCCCCGUCACCCGCCCGCCUGCGCGGAACGUGCGAAUGGUGAAGGGGACGUCCGAUGGGGACAUGCAACGGCGAUAUGGUGUCGAUACGUGUUAACCCAACCCCUCCGCCCCAGUCGGGGAAUGGGGCCAUUACCGGUGGGCGCGGUCUUGAGUUUGAAUGUGACGCUUGCUGCAUGUAAUGGAGGCCGUCGUGCCGACCAGCAUAAGAUUCCUGGAAUCUGUCCGGAGCAAGGCAACUUCAACGCUGGCCGACACACCAGGGAUGCAUCCUAUCCCGCCGAGAGGCGACGCGCGCGCGCUCUAGACUUUGAUCUCGACCAGCCCCUCCGCCUCCUUUGCAUUUUCAUUGGCGGGUCUGAGGUCGAGGCAGAGCGUUUUGAGCACCAUCGGGACAUCGCUGCGACAAAUUCUGACCGGCUCUCGCGCUGGAAUAAAUCAUUUGAUGCAGAGCGACGGGUGCAGUUUGGCAGACAGGCAUCGUUACCUCCGGGAAUUACGACCCAUGUCGAUGAGCAAGAGGGUCAAAGCCAGGCUCGCUUUCCCUAUGUGGAUGGCCACCCCACAAAUCUACAGCUCGCUGAGAAAGAAGUAUAUCAAGAUCUCAUGCGCAUCAGUCAGCGGCCGAGAGUGUAG